CAUAUAUAUAAUUAAAAUAAACAGUCUAUAACUGUAUUCAUAACCUAAUGGAUAUUGUUUCCGGUUUCCUCUCCUGGCUUCUUAUGAUUGGUUUAUCAGACCGUGAUGAGUUCACGGCGGAGGACUCUGAUUGGCCAACAGCUCGAAACCAGGUAGUGAAAACACGAAGCAACACGAGUUUGUGGUUUACUUUGCACGCCUUCAUCGUAGGACAGUGCAUCAUGGAGCCACCUCUGCUUCCCCGUGAGUCUGGGCAAUUCAUAGCAGAGCGGAGUCAGGAUGUGUUUGUGGAAGAUGAAGGAGUGCAGAAGGUGGCAGAGAUGCUCUACAACCUCCGACACAGUGACGCUCUGACCACCAGUGGCUGGAAGAAGGCGAAUCCAUUGGCCCCAGCAACCACCUCGGAUCAGGCCCUGAACUGGGUGUUUGUGGUCGACACCAUGAACUUCUCCUUUUGGCCGGAGGAAGAAACUCAACAGUGUGAGGUGACCUAUAAAGGGACCACGUACACGGGCUACAUGACCCUUUGUGCUGCCAUCACCAGAGCCAUGGAUGAAGGUAUAGCCAUCACUGAUCCGAAGUACUUCUCUCAGAUGAGUGUGGAGGAGUUGGCACACGUCCUUCGAUCAGACAAUGAAACACCGAUGCCCAUGCUUCAAGAGCGGCACCAGGUGCUGACUGAAGGUGGUCGCGUGCUGCAGGAACACGGCGGAAGCUUCUUGAGUUUUAUCAGCCAAGCCGGAAACGAUGCCCGGAAGAUGGUGGAAUUUAUCGUGGAGAAGAUCCCUUCCUACAGGGACGAGGCUACAUAUGAGGGGAAGAGAGUCUCGUUGUACAAGCGAGCCCAGAUCCUGGUGGCAGAUUCUUGGGGUAUAAUGCAGGACGGAGACAUCACAAACAUGGACUGGCUCACCAUGUUCGCAGACUACAGGGUCCCUCAGGCUCUCGUCUACCUCGGAGCGCUACGAUACUCUGACGCUCUGAUGCAGGCGCUGAAAAACGGUGAGCUGCUGAGUUCAGGGGACAGGAGGGAGGUCGAGAUCCGAGGUUGUUCGAUUUGGUCCGUGGAGCUCAUCAAAGAACGUCUCUGCAAGCUGGUGCAGGAGAGAGACAGACAGACCUGCAGCGCCAACUCCGCGAUCAUCGACUUCUACUUGUGGCCUUAUGCCAAGCAGCACCACAAAGAGAUGGCCCACAUUCCCAUACACCACACACGCUGUAUUUACUACUGACGAGCCGGCUGGCAGUAUUACAUACAGUAGGCUGCACUUCUCAGCGUGCAGCCUUGGCUUCGGGCCUCUCCCUGGGAUAAAGCCAGUCAUGUCUCCGUGCCAGAUAUACUGUAUGUACAAAUGGGUUUCUCUAUAGCUGUAAUGGAAACAAGUGUCAAGUAGAAUGUAGCUUUUUCUUCUAUGUGGGUAGUAGUCACAGUUGUACAUUUGCAGUCAAUUAAAAUGUUUACUGUUGUUGAUGUGGAAAAUUUGCUAAUAAAUAUCUUGCUGUAAUGAAGAGCAAGUAAUUAUAAACUGUAUGCAAACGUACAAUUACGGACACAUUGGGGUAUCUGCAGUGGCUGGAACUUUUGAACUGACUGAAGUGAUAAAUAAAUAUAUAAAUAAUUUUGAUUAGAUAUUGAAAUUUGUUUCUUUUAAAGGAAUGUUGAGGAUCAUAUUUCACAUCAUCUCCUUAAGCAGUUUUAUUGUUGGGAGAUUUACAAUGUUUUGAGUGGUCACAAAUGGAUGUUGAAUGUUAAAUUCAAAAACAACUAUGUGAACUAAAAGUAGUUGGCUACAUGAUCUAAAAUGGUUAAAAAUUGGAUAAACGUAAAAUAAAAAAUCAAUAGCUCAAA